GUGCUUAUAUAUGUGUGUGCGCUACCAUGUAAAGUUGGACACACAACUAAGAGGAGUACUCAAUUCAUUCAUUCAUUUCCAAUCUUUCUUAUUAUUCCAAAAUAGCUAAGAGUGUAAAAGAAAGGAAUUCUUUAGAGAAAAAAUGGGAAAAGAGAUAGUAAGAGCAGAAUCAGGUGAUGAGUCGACCUUCAAUUGGUCAUCAGAUUCAUCAUCCUCAGCAUCUUCAUAUGAAGAACAUGACAUGAAUAGCAGGAUGCCUUUGUUGGCAUUAAAUCAUGUUUCCUAUGUAUGCAAGUCAGUUCCCAAAAGUGUGGAGUUCUAUCAGCAAGUUCUAGGAUUUGAUCUCAUCCAGAGGCCCUCUUCCUUCCAAUUCGAAGGAGCUUGGCUGUUCAACCACGGAAUUGGAAUACAUUUGUUAGGAAGAGAAGAUGCAGCAUCAAAGAAGGGGAAGAUAAACCCAAAAGAGAACCACAUAUCAUUUCAAUGCACAGAUAUGGACCUUAUCAUGCAGAGAUUGGACGACAUGGAAAUUGAAUAUGUUACAGCUACUGUAAAAGAAGGUGGAGUUACUGUUGAUCAGCUCUUCUUUCAUGACCCAGAUGGCAACAUGAUUGAAAUUUGCAAUUGCCAAAAUAUACCAAUUGUUCCACUUUCAUCUUGCCCUCUCAAGAAGCUCUCCAAUCUUCCAACGUUUAACCAAAAAACAAUCCCUAAUUCUUUUUACGGGAGAAAUGAAAGCAGUAAGAAGAAUUGCUCAUCAAGAGAAAUGGAAUAUCUAAUGAUGGAGAGCUUAACCAUGAAUAUGAUCGACAUUUCAUUUUGAAUAUUCAUAAAUAUUUCUUGUAAAGAACGAGUCUUUAUUAUUUCUUACCUAAUUCAAUGAGAAAUACGGCAAUAUUUUCACUUGUUAAGAUCACAGAGGCUCGUUGUACUUUGGCACUUCAUAAAUUACUUAAAAGAGAAAAUAUUACAAAUUCCAGUGCUUAACGGUCUUUAA